GACGAGCACUCGGUGCUCAUUCCGUCAGUGUUCAUCGAAGAAACACCAGCUUUCUGAUUUCCUGCUCGUGCUCGACACGUGAGAAGAAAUAAUUAUGGCAGCAAAUAAUCUUACUGCUAUCCUUUACGGUAUCAACGAUAUUCGCCUGGAGAAUACCCCGAUCGAGGAACCAGGGGAUAACGAUGUUCUUUUGGAGAUGGGAUGCGUUGGAAUCUGCGGAUCGGAUGUGCACUACCUGGUGAACGGUAGAAUUGGUGACUUUAUUGUGAAAAAGCCGAUGAUAAUAGGUCACGAGUCUGCGGGGACUGUUGCUAAACUUGGAAAGAAUGUGAAGCACCUAAAGAUUGGUGAUCGAGUGGCGAUUGAACCCGGAGUACCUUGCAGAAUGUGUAAUUAUUGCAAAGAAGGAAAAUACAAUCUCUGUCCGGAAAUGUCCUUCUGUGCAACACCACCAGUUCACGGCAAUCUCCGAAAAUUCUACAGACAUGCCGCUGAUUUCUGUUUCAAAUUACCCGAUCAUGUAAGUCUAGAAGAAGGUGCUCUGUUGGAACCCUUGGCCGUGGGAGUUCAUGCUUGUAAACGUGCGGGCAUUGGAAUCGGGUCGAAAGUGUUGAUACUGGGAGCUGGACCCAUUGGUCUCGUUUCCCUAAUAGUUGCUAAGGCCAUGGGGGCGAGCAAAACACUCAUUACUGAUAUCGUGCCAGGACGAUUGGAAAUUGCUAAGGAAUUGGGUGCUGACAUGACACUUUUAAGUAAGGGUCUGUCUGAAGCCCAAGUUGUGGCUGAAGUUCAUAAACUAUUGGGAGGUGAACCUGAACGGACUAUUGACGCCUCAGGAGCUGAGUCAUCGAUCCGAACUGCCAUUUUUGCUACUAAAUCGGGUGGAGUUGCAGUUCUGGUGGGAAUGGGUGCUCCAGAGGUGAAAAUUCCAUUAAUAAAUGCUCUCAUUCGUGAAGUGGACAUUCGUGGCGUCUUCAGAUAUGCCAAUGAUUACGCUGAUGCCCUGGAACUCGUAGCUACCGGCAAAGUCAACGUUAAACCCCUCAUAACGCACCACUUCCACAUGGAAAAAACCGUCGAGGCUUUUGAAGCUGCCAAGUCACCCACCAGCGGUGCAAUAAAGGUCAUGAUCCACUGCAAAUAGCUGGUGAAGAUAACGAAGAAUUAAAGUCAUUUGGAAUUGAUCGAGUGGUCGUAAAAACAAGUGAUUAAUUCUACUCGAAGAUAUGAGUUCCUUUACUGUGCAAAAUUAUUGAGAUGUGGAGAAAGAAUAAAUUUGAGCACAUCAAGGGUAAAAUACUAAUAAUGUUUGGUAUUUAAAUACUCUUCCAGUUUCUGAUGAAAUUAAAAAAAUUAUCUGGGUGGUCUCAUUUUUUCAGAUGAAUCAGCCAAUCUUUACAAAAUAAGUUGAGUCAUUGUUAUAGGAUUUUCUACACAAUUUUAUCAGAAAUUAUUCGUGUAUUUUUAUGCAAGAAAAUAUUUUUAUGAAUAGAUAUAUAAUUAUUGAAUAUUUUUUGAUGUUUUCCAUUUGAAUGAUUUUAUCAGUUACUUGAGUGUUUAUAUGACAUGUUAAGAAAUCUAUUGUUUAUUGUCUAUAUUAGAAUUGAUUGCAGAUGUUUUUCCGAUGAGGCGUGAAAACAAAUUUGUAAAAACUGUGCAUUUUAGAGUGAACAUAAUUUUGAACAAAAUUUGGCUUAAUAGUGUCACUAUAGCUAAUAAAAACACAUCGUUGCCUGAAAGAAAAAGUGCAUAAGUUUUUUUAGACAUUUUAUAUAAUUUCCUAACGAAAACUGAAUGUGAAAAAAAAAAUAGACAGGGCUAUUUGAUCAUGUGCAAAAAUAAUACUUUAGAUAAGGUUUACGCUAUAAGUAGUCCUUUUUCUGGCACUGUUUUUUCCAGCAUGUCAUACAUCUUUGUCGAGUAGUUUUUGGAUAACAAUGGAGGAUCUGUACUCAAAUAUUCCAAUAACAUUCAUACUCACCCC